AUGGAAAAAAACCUUCUGGGCCUCGAUGUCAUCAACUCUAACUGUGCCAUAUUAGAUUUGUGCAAUUUUAAACUCGCCUUCCAUGAGUACGUUCCAGAUCUCCCUCUAAGUGUUCCCAGGACAACAGUGAAUGUUGAAGGCCAAGACACAGAAUUGAAGGUCGACACAGGCUGCGAACCUGUCAUAAUAGGGCCCCUGAGUUUAGCGAAGCAACUAUAUCUACAUUUGGUACCUAUGGAUAUAGAAAUCUUAGGGGUUGGAUAUACAACCUCCGUUAAAUACGUAGCCAAAGACCUGUGCAUUAAGGGGAAUGGCCAGAUGAUUCACUGCAGGUACACAGUGUCACCCGAAGAGACCCCGGAGUGGAGUUCAGGUUCCUAUAUUGGAGUAAAACUCUUUUAUGGAACCCAGAUGCAGUUUAACCCGGACGGCACGUUUGAAUAUGAGUUCAUUGUCAAAGAAAAUUGGGCAGUAUCGCAACGCAGGAAAAACAUGGCAAUGGCCGAGGAAAGCAAGAAUAAGGAAAGUAAGGAGGAGAAGGACCAGCAAUCCGACGAAGAUGAACACGUCGCCACCGAGGAGGCUGCAGAAGGCGAGGCUGCAGAAGACGAGGCUGCAGAAGGCGAGGCUGCAGAACUCCAUCAGGACUGA